AUGGUUACAGCUGAAACAAGCCAAGAGGACUUUAUCAAGACCGUCUCUGAAGAAAUCGAAAAGGAACAUGGUAUUUGGGUAUUUGGUUAUGGUUCACUGAUUUGGAAACCACCUAUUCAUUAUGAAUCAAAAAAGGUUGGAUAUAUCAAAGGAUAUGUUAGACGAUUCUGGCAGCACAGUGAAGAUCACCGAGGCACACCAGAGAAGCCAGGUAGAGUGGUUACGUUAAUACCUUAUGACGAAUGGAAAAAUAUCGAAAGUGAAGGACAUGAUAAAGUAACUUGGGGUGUAGCGUUUAAAAUACCUUCAGAUGAUGUGGAAGCUACCCGGGCAUACUUGGAUCAUAGAGAAAAGAAUGGAUAUACUGUUCAUACUGUGGAUGUAUAUAGUUUAGAAGAUGAUCAAGUUCCUGUUGUGAAAAACGCCUUAGUAUAUAUUGCUACCACUGAUAAUGAAGCCUAUGUUGGGCCUGCACCGUUAGAAGAGAUGGCCAAACAGAUUUAUGAAACAUAUGGGCCCUCUGGAUGGAACGCAGAGUAUUUACUUAACCUGGCUGAAGCACUACGGGAAAUUUCACCCGGUGUUCGAGAUGAUCACGUAUUUGAAUUAGAAGCAUUAGUAAAAAAGUUAAUAGAUGAAAACAGCAAUCAAUAA